AUGGCGCUAUCGCAUCAUGAGUACGACAGUGUCACAGACGCUCUGUCAGAUUAUCACCUCAUCCUCCCAGAUCUCCACUGCGACGCUUUGGACACGACAAGAGGUAUCGAUCCAUUUGACAUCUCUCGAGCAGCAGAUCUUAUACCUCAUCUUAUACGGACCAAGGCAAGGAAUCAUCAUGCGCAUGGGGUAUCUCUCGGGGCACACGCUGCCAUCGCGACCGCUGCUAAAUAUGGAGACGUUACGCGAUCCAUCUUCAUCAGCGGGUACAAUUCUUUUCAACCCCCUACGUGGGCUAAAUCGGUGAUACCAUAUCUUGCUCACGGAGUGGUCAAGCUGGAGGGUGUAGCUGGUGGAAGCGCAGCACCAACGCUUAAGCCGGUCAAACAGGUUGAUGAUGUGAUCUUUGAGCAGAGGACUUCCGGAGAAGCGUUCAAUAAAGGGCAUAUCAUGGAGAGAUUGUUUGCGACGGCGGUGCUACGUUGGAUUGAGGAGAGACCGCUACCAGAUGGCUUUGAGGAGUGCUAG